AUGGAGGCCGCAAGCCAGAUCAUAGAAUCACUCCCAUCCACACCAGCCAGGUUCUCCCCAACACUGUCAGAGUCACAGCAGCAGCAGCAAGAUGGUGAGUGGAGGGAUAUCAUACCCAACCUACUUACCAAGUCAGAUUUUGAGGCACUCUCAGACCGCCUUGGGCGGGUGGUACGCGAGGAGGUGGCCCAGCUGCGCGCCGACAUGGCGAAUGUGGAGGCCCGCAUGGCGGUGGCAGAAACCGAGACCAGGGCACUGAGAACAGACUUAGAGCAAACUAACACAGCAGUUAUGACCCAAGAGGCAGAUAUAGCAUACCUCACCACGUGGGUUGACGAUUUGGAUAACCGCGGCCGCAGACUGAACCUGCGGGUCCGCGGGGUGAGAGAGGGGGGCCCCUCAGAGAACGUGCCAGAAGUGCUUCGGCAAAUUUUCACCCACAUACUGGGGGGCCAACAAGUACCCAGAAUUGGCCUGGUCCGCGCACAUAGGGCACUAAGACCCCUACCUGCGCCAGAAGAACAGCCCAGGGACAUCAUAUGCUGCCUCGACAACUAUCACCUUAAGGAAGAAAUACUACGCACAGCCCGCCGCAUGGGGGCCGUCCGCAUGGAAGGCCAGACUAUCUCCGUCUACCAAGAUUUAUCCAGAUACACCCUGCAAGCCAGGAGAGCCCUGCGCCCGGUGACAUCAGCCCUACAACAGCAGGCAUCCAAUACCGCUGGGGCUAUCCGUUCUCGCUCUCUGCAAGGCAUGGACAAGACCAACUCAUAG